AUGUCAUCCGAAGAUGCUCCUUGGGUCCUCGCCCUCGAUGGCGUCGAAUGCCGCAUCUGCGGACAUUCGAUAAAGCUCCACAUCUCAACAGCCCGUACCGCAGGCCCUCGUGCCAGCCGAGCUAUGCACGGCGAAACUCGAACCAUGCACGCAGCGUGUUGGAAGAUUGUCGAGCGCAUCUGGAAAUCCGAGUUUACCAUGGCUGAAUUGGACGGUUUUCUCGAUGUUUCAUCGGAUCUCGCACCUUUCCUGCCUGAAAUGCCUUACAAAGUGUCUCCGAUCGAGAUCGACGCGGGCCUUACAUCGGAAAUAUCGGGACAAACAUCUCAUCAAAAUAGCAUUACUAUUUCCGCUUCUGAGGGUUUUUUAACCACCUUGGAAACAGAGGGAUUAAAAAAGCCGAUGCUCCCCGAUAUGAGGCAUUAUGCUCUUCCGUCGGACUUGGACCGCCAUGUUCGCCGAUGGCUCUCAGACUCUGAAGCCGAGGACGUUGAAUCCCUGCAAAAUCCCACUUUGGGUUACUGGUCAUCGGUCGCAAGGAUGUUAGAAAACCAUCCUCAAUUCUCGAACGUACCUCCCGCAGAGGUCGCAGAGGAUAUUACGCAAACUCUGAAACAUCUCUAUGACGGAGGGCUCGGUUGUUUUCCUCAUCUGGCCAACUACGAUUCGGUGCACGCCAACGCGAUGACCAUCGUUCUAACGCUGCUAAGGCUCCCACUUGAAGAUAUCCAGGGGGGUGCCGAUCUGAAAGGGAAGAGAGCGAGGCUGCAGUUGUCAAGAAGCAUAAAGUUGCCACCCGCCCUAGACUCGCCUGCGAAGCUGAAAUUGCAGUUAUCGACCCUUCGUCGACAGAUUUAUGUGGAGGAAGCGCCGAUCGGAAUGCAGAUCUCGCAGCAGAUCCUGACGACGUGA